AUGGGAGACUCCCUCACCGACAGCAUCCUAUCAAUUCUUAAAGAGCGAGAUAUCCUCGCUAAGCGCGAUGCCAUCGAGUCCGCGUUUGGCGGCGCUUCUGCCAACACGGAGUGGGCAUUGAAACACCUCCGUCCCGAAACCCUGCUAUCUAAAGAGGAACUGGCAUUAUACUCGAGACUCGAAGCCUCCGGCGCUCUCCAACCCAUCCUUUGCAACCCCGACCUCCCUGCCGCGCGUCCUGUCCUCGAGGAUGACCUCCGAAACGCGAUCGAGUCCCUUGAGGCUUCUACGGUUACAAUUCAGAAACAGACGGAGACUUUAAAGUUCCAGUGCGAUAGUCUGAAUAAGCAAUUGGGACUAGCGAUCAACUUAGAGCAACAGCGGAAUCGAGACGUUGCUCGGUUGCGGAAGAAGCAUGAAGGAGGGAGACAGAACACAACAAUGGCGGCCAGUGAGCUGUCCGACGAACUGGAGGUCAAUUUCAAGAACGCGACGGACAAGUCGAGCACGGAAAGCAAGAGAAUCCUUGCAUCUCUGUCAACCCGGCUAAAGCAGGACGACAAGACCCUUGCUAGCUUAGAGUCUCUCGUGUCGGGUGUCAAAUAUCGUGGCAAUGAUGCAUCCACGGUGACGCGUACGAAUGACCUGAGUGCCAUGCUGGCAGACUACGUUGCCGAGGAAAUCCAUUAUCGGCUCGAUCGACUCUACUUGGAGACGGUCCAGGCUGGGGGCACAGGUGCCAAGGCAUCAGCAGGAGAGACCAGUGCUGCGCUCGAGGAAGAACUCGAGUCUCUAUACCCCGAGAUUGGGAUAUUGGCCGAAAUGUCGAUCAGGCAGCAGUUCAGCGAGCCAAUCCUUAGAGAGCUUCUGAAUGAACAUGGCAAGCUGCGAAUGGCGUCGCAAGAGAGUUUGGAGCAGGCACUCGACACACUGAUCGAAAUGACAUUGUCCAAGCAGGAUCUCACGAAGCAGAUGGCAGACAGGUUGUCAUCUUCCGUGCUUUUGGACCAAUUAGCCGCCCUAUAUCAAAUUGAAGCCGGUGAAAUCGUCACACAGCCCUCUUCACGGAGAGAUUCACUGCGCCGCCGAUCUUUGCAGCCAGGUCUUCUGCUUACGGCUAAAGUUCCUGCAGCGCCUACAAUUGACCAACCUGCCCUAGGAAGUAUUUUGCGACGUGUUGGUGUGAUUUCCGAAUCUGUACUCCGGCCAAAAGACAACGGCGGCAACGGCGGGAUCAGUGACCUUCACGAAAAACGAAUUCAAAUGUCCGAAACGCUUGGUAAUCUCAAGGGCGCAGUCGAUUCUCCUGUGCUGGUUCACUUAUCGCCAUCCGAUAGCGCAUCCCAGCUCCUUCGGUCUGCCUUGACUGCCAGCUGUCAUUAUGAAACAUCGCUGCAUAGCACACCCGAGGAACAAAGGAUUUUAGACCUCGAGAGUGAGGUAGUGAGGCUACAAACCGGGAUCCAGGGCCUGAACAUGGAUAUUCUGCAUCAGCGUGACAAAAUCCAGGACAGGGUUCUUCAAAGGUGGACCUAG